AUGGCCAAGAUAAGAGGAGCCCAUGUCGCGUCUCCAUCAACUCGCAAUCCAAGGCCAAGAGCUUUACCUACACGGGAUUCCACAUCUGAGGCCCCACAAGCCCUUGCCAUUCCACCUUCUGAGGGUGAAGUGCCAUCUAACCCUCCUCUGCACAUGUAUGAGACGAGGAGACCACCCACUACACCUGGAGCAAGCACUUUUUGCCCCAAGAGAUCAAUUCGUCGCCCUCCUACAAAGAAAGCCAAAGUUUCAGGCCCAGGAGAGUCAUCUACACCUCCAAAGCCUCAGUCGUCUGCUAUAGAGUCUCAGAUUCCUUCUGGGAUGACUCCAGAAGCAAUUAUCAGACGCUAUGGUAUCCUUGGAGCUAAACACAUUGCAGAGGCCCUGCAUAUUCCAUAUGAGCCUAUAUUAGAACAUUUGGGCUAUUCUUCAGAGCCUCAGCUUGAGCGCCGCUGCAUUUGCCGAGAGCUAUUCACUCUCGACAAAUGGAAUCAUUUAACGGCCUAUGUUGCACCUCCAAGAGCCCCAGAUAUGCCAACACCUCCAGAGCCACCACAGGAUGAGCAGCCACCACAGGCACAGCAGGCUAAGAUACCUACAGAGAUCAUACCACCUGCCCUUGUAGCACCUUCUAUAGUGCCCACGCCUGAGGCUACAUAUUCUGCUCUUCCUACCACUCCUAAAGCUCCACCAAUUGAUCAGCUUAUUGCCAUGCAAACCCAGCAUACUAUCAUUCUUAGUCAAAUACAGCAGCAUUUGGGUAUUCUGCCACCACUUGAGCAUGAUAUGCCUGGCCCAUCAGAGCUUACAACUCCAUCUGAGGAGGCUACUCCAGCCAAGCAAGCUAUUCCAUCUAAGGAGGCUACUUCAGUAGAGCAGACUAUGCCUUAUAAGGAGACUACUACAGCAGAGGUUAAGACUCCUAUCCAGAGCACUUAG